AUGGCCGACAUGGCUGCCGUCGGCGACGAGAAACUGUCCCCAACUCACGAUGAGCUGCAACAGCCCGGCAACGGAGCGGAUGCUCGUGGCACCAAGCGCAACCGCAUGAGCGCUGAGGACGACGACGAUGAUGAUGACAAGCCCGGCCGUGAGCGUCGCAAGAUCGAGAUCAAGUUUAUCCAGGACAAAUCGCGUCGCCACAUUACCUUCUCGAAGCGGAAGGCCGGUAUUAUGAAGAAGGCUUACGAGCUGUCCGUUCUCACUGGCACUCAGGUGCUCUUGCUGGUCGUGUCCGAGACCGGCCUUGUCUAUACCUUCACCACCCCCAAGCUCCAGCCACUGGUCACCAAGGCCGAGGGCAAGAACCUCAUCCAGGCCUGUUUGAAUGCUCCCGACCCAACCACCAGCGAGAAUGGCGUGGAUGCCCCCGAUGUCCCGCCCGAGGCGCCCGAGGACGUGGGCCACAACAAUGUCAACGCGCCGCAAUCCAACAUGCCCCGUCCCGGUAUGCAUCCCGGCUACAUGACCAACGAGCAGCAGCAGCAGAUGGCCUACUACCAAAAUCUCCAGCAGCAACAGCAGGCAGGUGGCCAGUACCCGGGCAUGCCCGUCGGCAAUCGGAUGCCCCCGCAGCACCAGCCUACGGCGUAA